UCAAAAUUUUAAAAGGGGUGGGGUGGAGGAAUGUGGCUCAGCCCAAAGGCCCGGGGUUCAAUCCCCAAAAAGGAAAACAGAGAGCCGAGCUGCUAAGGUUCAUCUCAGUUACCCACUCCGCAUCUGCAGGCCCAGCCUCUAAGUGCCCCGUCCUUUCUUGGAACUCGGCCUCCACCCGUCUGGCUCUCGGGGCUGCCUCGCACAGGAUGCGGCCCACGUGGCCGAGCCAGGCGGCCAGCACCCAUUCGGCAGCCGCCGGGCACGCGCUCGUCUCCUGUCUGCUCCGAGGUGGUGGUGACGGCGUGUGCGCAUGGGCACAGCCCGGGGCGGGGCCAGGGCGGAGCCGCGCUCCAGCCGGGCGGAAGUCACCCCGCGUCUGCCGGUUGCUAGGAGACGGGCUUCCCGCAGCCAGGCCGAAGUUCCGCAGCUCCUUCUUUCCCUGCCAGACCGCGAUGGCGGACCCCGAGGCUGAAGUCCUGCGCAGCACCUUUCCGUCCUACAUGGCGGAGGGCGAGCGGCUCUAUCUGUGCGGAGAGUUCGCGAAGGCCGCCCAGAGCUUCAGCAACGCUCUUCACCUUCAGGCCGGAGACAAGAGCUGCCUGGUGGCCCGCUCCAAGUGCUACCUGAAAAUGGGGGACCUGCAGAGGUCCCUGAAGGAUGCCGAGGCCUCACUCCAAGGCGACCCGACUUUCUGCAAGGGCAUUUUGCAGAAGGCGGAGACGCUGUACACUAUGGGGGACUUUGAGUUCGCCCUGGUCUUCUACCAUCGAGGCUACAAGCUGCGGCCCGACCGGGAAUUCAAAGUGGGGAUUCAGAAAGCGCAGGAGGCCAUCAACAACUCGGUGGGAAGUCCUUCCUCAGUUAAGCUGGAACACAGAGGGGACCUGGCUUUCCUGAGCAAGCAGGCAGAGAGCCUGAAAGCCCAGCAGCAGCCCCAGCCCAGGAAGCCGCUGCACCACAUGCAGAGGGAGGUGAAGCGGAAGGGCCUGCUCAAGAGCGAGAAAUCGGUGCGCCAGCUGCUGGGCGAACUGUACGUGGACAAGGAGUACCUGGAGAAACUGCUGCUGGACAAAGACCUCAUCCGGGGCACCAUCCGGAGCGGCGUGACGGUGGAGGACCUCAUCCUGACGGGGAUCAACUACCUGGACACCCGCAGCAGCUUCUGGCAGCAGCAGAAGCCGAUCUACGCCCGAGAGCGCGACCGGAAGCUGAUGCGGGACCGCUGGCUGCGCGACCACGGGCGGACCCCGGCGCAGACGGCGCACUACGUGCUCAAGAGCCUGGAGGACGUCGACCUGCUGCUGAGCAGCGGCAGCGCCGAGAGCAGCCUGCAGAAGGCGGAGAAGGUGCUGAAGAAGGUGCUGGAGUGGGGCCGAGACGAGGUGCCCAACAGGGACGAGCUGCUGGGCAACCUGCACAGCUGCAUCGGGAACGCGCAGCUGGAGCUGGGCCAGACCGCAGCCGCGCUGCAGAGCCACCGCCGCGACCUGGAGAUCGCGCAGGAGCACAACCUCCCUGAUGCAAAAUCCAGAGCCCUAGACAACAUCGGCAGGGCCUUCGCCCGGAUUGGGAGGUUCCAGCAGGCCAUCGACACGUGGGAGGAGAAGAUCCCUCUGGCCAAGACUGCGCUGGAGAAGACCUGGCUGCUGCAUGAGAUCGGGCGCUGCUACCUGGAGCUGGACCAGGCCCUGCAGGCCCAGUACUAUGGGGAGAGGUCGCUGCAGUAUGCAGAGGAGGAGGGCGACAUCGAGUGGCAGCUGAAUGCCAGCGUCCUGGUGGCGCAGGCCCAAGUGAAGCUGAGAGACUUCCAGUCGGCCGUGAACAACUUCGAGAAGGCACUGGAGCGGGCGAAGCUGGUGCACAAUCAGGAGGCGCAGGGAGCCAUCAUCAGUGCCUUGGAUGACGCCAACAAGGGCAUCAUUGAAGAGCUGAAGAAAACCAGCUACAGGGAGACGUUGAGAAAUGCAGAGGACGCCCCCGCGGUGGCCGACGAGGAGCCAGGAGCCGUCAGGCCCGAGCGGAGGCGCUCGUGGGACGCGCCCGAGCGCGUGGUGCGGCAGUGGGACCCGGAGCCGGGCGGGGCGCCAUCAGAAGAGGAGCUCCGGGUGGCCCUGCAGGGAGCUGGGCCGGACUGCAGCCGGGGUAGCUCCGCCGCGGAGGAGGCUGCCAGACUUAGCACUUUCUGCUCCUUUUCCCCCUCAUACUGGGGAUCGAACCCAGGGCCUUCAUGCAAGCGCCAUCACCAGCCAGGGUCCCGCUAAGAAGCUAAGUCACUAAGGGCAGGCUGGGUUUGAAUUUGCGAUCCUCCUGCCUCAGCCCCCCUCUGUGCUAUGAGGACAGCCGUGACCCAUGCCGGGCUUUCCCACACCAUUCUGGGGAGAGAAGUGAAGAAGCAGGCUAAGAACUCAAAAAGUUUACGGGCAGGAAAGAGCCGUGGCCCUGCGGAUGUGACCUCCACCCCCACCUGGGGGGGAAGGAAGUGGAUGCUGGGUCCCCAGGUGCACUGUGUUCCCCAGGGGCCCCCAGGAGGAGCAGCAGGAGGCGCGUGUUGAUAGUGCUGGGCCAUGCCUCUGCCACUUCCGGUGGUGCCCCGGAAAACAGCCUCUCUAUGCUCUGCUUAUAUUUACUGCGCUGCCUAAAACUCAGCGAGUUCGUUCUGUUUCGUGCUGGGAAUGGAACCCAAGGCCACAGGCACAGCAUGAAGCGCCCACCACUGAGCUACAGUCCCAGCCCUGAGAGGAAAAUAGUUCAUGAGCCCGGGUGUGGUGGUCCACACCUGUAAUCCCAGUGCUCAGGAAGCUGGGGCAGAUCUCUGUGAGUUCGUAGGC